AUGUCAUCUAAGACCCGUUACCAUUUGGAACAAUGUAUCCCGGAGGUGGAUGAUUUUGUAGAGAAAGGUCUGUUUACCAAGAGUGAAGUUUCAUCGAUUAUGAAGAAAAGAACCGAUUUUGAACACUGUCUGAAUUCCAGGGGCUCUUCGAUCAAGGAUUAUGUGAAGUAUAUUAAUUAUGAGAGUAAUGUGGAUAAACUACGUCAAAAAAGAGUCAGGAGAAUUUUACAAAGUUCCAAAUCCCAUAGCAUCUCAGACUGGUCCAUCGAACGUAGAAUCGAAUUCAUAUUUCAACGUGGUUGUAACAAAUUCCCACAAGACUUAAAAUUUUGGGCCAUGUACCUAAGAUUUAUGAAAAACAGGGGCAACAAGACUUCAUACAAAAAGAUCCAUAAUGUUUACAACCAGCUUCUCAAGUUACACCCCAAUAAUGUGGAAGUUUGGAUAAGUUGUGCGAAAUACGAAUACGAAAAGCAUGCCAAUUUCAAAAGCUGUAGAACGGUUUUCCAAAAUGCAUUGAGAUUCAAUUCUCAUGUACCCAAACUAUGGUAUGAAUAUGUUAAAUUCGAAUUAAACUUUAUAACAAAAUUGAUCAAUAGAAGAAAGGUUAUGGGACUCAUCAAUGAAAGGGAACAAGCCAUGGAUAUGGCUCAGACGAAGGAACAAAAGGAGUCAAAUGAAGACGAUGUUAUGUCUGGUGUAAAGGCACCAUCUACUGGGGAUUCCAUGAAAGAUAGUUUAAACCAAUUGCCUGAAGCCGAUAUGAAUAUGUUGGGUAAUGAAGAGACAAAUCCAGCAUUGCGUGGUGAUAUUGCAUUAACAAUCUUUGAUAUUGCUCUCAAAUCAUUGGGUGAUAACUAUAGAAAGAAACACAUGGGAUACAGCGCGGUAACGUCAGAUUUUGCGGCUUUUGAUAAAGAUAUUGCUAAUGAGACCACGAUCUAUCUUUUUAAUAUUUCCAAAGAAUACAUCCAAUUGUUUGAUCAAUUUUUAGAUCUGCACAGAGAUUAUUUGAUAAAUCACGUCUUACAAAUUUGGAAAGAUAAUGACUUACAACUCACUCAUCCUGAACUAUACGUGGAAGUGGUUUUCGUCGAUGUGACACUGAACGUCAGAUACAUGUCAAUGGAGAACUUUGAUGUGGAUCAAUUACAAUUGGCUGUUAAGAAAUAUUUUGCCUAUAAACCAAAAUUAGGACCUCAAGCAGUAAAAACAUUGAAAUCGCAAAUCACAGAAUUUAUCAGAGAUUCUUAUCUGGAAAAGAUGGAUCCUGAAAACGAUCCAAGAUAUAAGAUUUUGCAAUUAAUCGUGAAAAAACUUUAA